AUGGCCACAGAUCCGACGAACAUCAUCAUCGUCAUUGGCGCCACGAGGCGCCGGUGGCGGAAGAGGCGGCGGGCGAAGGCGGUGAAGAACCAGAGGAUGACCCAUAUUGCCGUUGAGAGGAACCGCCGGAGGCAGAUGAAUGAUUACCUAGUUGAUGAUUAUGCAGUCCAAAGCUUUGAGCGUGGAAUUGCAGCUCAAGAGGUUGGUGCUUUUGCAUGGGAGAUUGUUCCAGUUGAGGUCUCUGGGGGAAGAGGAAGAUCAUCCACUAUCGUUGAUAAAGAUGAAGUUGAGGAAGCUGCGACCGAGUUUCAAGGAAACCGGCGGUACAGCAUAAGCGAUGGUGCUGCUGCCCUUGUUUUAGUAAGUGGAGAGAAGGCUCUGCAGCUUGGACUCAAAGUCAUUGCAAGGAUUUCUGGGUAUGCCGAUGCAGCUCAUGUACCGGAAUUAUUCACAACUGCCCCAUCACUUGCAAUCCCCACGGCGAUCUCAAAUGCUGGUCUAGAAGCCUCCAAAAUAGACUAUUAUGGGAUCAAUGAAACCUUUGCAGUUGUGGCUCUUGCGAAUCAGAAGCUAUUGGGUCUUAGUACAUGGGGCUCGCAUCUUGGUCACACUUCUUGUGGCUUCCAACUGCCACAAGCUGGAGAGGUUAGCUCUUUGCGGGAGCGAAUCCAUUGGGACCCUGAGAUCGUGUGUAUUGCGGCUAAAUGUAGCGCGCUAAAGAAGCUUUGUAUAAAGGGUUGUCGUGUGAUGGAUACCGGGAUCGAGGCUUUCGCAUUCGGGUGCCCUAAUCUGGUGAAGAUCAAGGUCAAGAAGUGUAGGGGAGUUACUAGUGAGGUUGCCGAAUGGCUUAGGGCAAGGAGGGUGACUUUGUCCGUGAAUUUGGAUGCGGACGAGAUAGAGCCCGAGGCCCUGGAUGCCAGCACGAGCGACGGGGGUGUACAGGAAUACGGCAUUGAGUUCCCAGCUGUGGUAAGUGGGCCUGUCAAUGUGGAUGCUCCAUCGACGAGUAAUGGGGCCCGUUUGCCUAAUAAGUCGAGGUUUAGCAUGUUCGCCGGGACUCUUGUGGCCUGUGCCUUCCGGAGGCUGUCGGGCAGUAACGGUAUUCGAACAGUAGCUUGUGAAUGGGGAAAAAGAAGAAAUGUGGGUUAA